ACGAAACGCAUGAACAAGGCGAUGAUAGUUUCGUGUCUCAAGUUCAUCAUGUUCUAUAAUCGAUCAUGAAAGCUUGAAGAUUCUGGGAAUUUGCUCAAGCAGUUCCAAUAUGGUGUCCACAAAGAUGUCCACGCUUCCAGCGUUAAGGAGACAGCAUCUCCUCGCCGAGUUUGCAGGCCUGAAGCAAGCUUGCCCGGAUGGUGUCUUCAUGAGCUUGACGCCCGGUGAUCCUGCACUGUGGUCAGGCGUCAUCUUCGUACGGAAGGGACCAUACGAAACCGCAAUUCUCCGCUUCCAAAUAUCAUUCCCCGACACCUACCCGCGUCUGCCACCACUGGUGACUUUCUCGACCGACAUCUUCCAUCCGUUGAUCACGCCCCUGACUACCUACAUGUACACGACCGAUAUCCACGACAAUGGCACAGUGAGCGCAACCGACGAGGAGCGACUGCCCCCGGGGGGCUUCAGUCUCCGGCACGGGUUUCCUGACUGGUUUGGGAGGGGUGGUGGGCGCAGAAGACCUGGUAAGGGCGGCAGUAGGGUCGCGAGUGGUAGCAGUCAGUUGCAAACACCACCGCGGCCGUCAGGGGCUGGAACCAGCCAUGGUGGUACCCCAGCGUCGAAUCUGUCAUCGGGAGGUGGCCCGCACCGGCACCUACAGACAGAUAUUCAGAGCGAGGAGAUAUCAACAUUUGAAGUUCUUCGGUACAUCGCCAGCACUUUCGACGACGCUGCCGUUCUCGACUCGGUGCCUCUUGAAGCCGCCGGAAAUCCGGGCGCUUGGCAUGCUUGGAAGACACGCCAGAGCGAGGCAGCCAGCUCAAGCGACCGCGCCUCUCCGUCCGGCCCAGGAGGGUCAAGUACGCCCAAGACCGCGCAAGGAGUACCCCUAUCUCAAGAACUGGGUACCGAUGACGUCCCAGAGGCAGGGUCGGGUGCUGGCGCUCGUAAACCAGGAGAGUGGAACUGGGAGGGAGUCUGGGAGGAAAGGGUCAGGAGAGGAAUCGCAGCAAGUCUGUCGGAGCCAGUUCUCUUUGGAAACGCUGGUGGUGCCGCUGAUGAUGUGAUUCGGUUUGUCAACAUGGAGAAGGAUGAUGUUGAAACGGCUAGAAAGAAUUUACUCAAGACACUCGGUCCUUCUGUGACUUCACAGUAGGGGGAUCUGCGGCAGGUGCGCUGGUGUAUUGCCUUCCUUGUUAGCUCUGUUGCCAGUGCCAGCUGCAUGCGAUGCUUCUGAGGCACUGGUGUUCGGGGCGCUAUCUCUCGCAAUCAUAGAUCCUAGAGAAUUGCCUAAGGGGCUUUCGGAUUCUGCAAAAUCCGUUCGGGGUUACAAGAUCAACGUAUCAAGCAAGAUUUGCCAGAUUUGUUCUAAGGUGGCCUUUUCUUUUAAAUAGCUGAUUGAAAUAGCAGCAUUCGGUCCCAUUUUCUUUAUGAAUAAUGAGUAGGGAAUUCGCAAUCGGAACAUCACUCCUCCUCAUCAGCAUUGUGCUAGUCGUUGCAGCGGUCGUUUACUUCAGACGCGGCCUUCGUCUACAUUUGAAUCCUGUUGAGCGGUGCUUUCGUCG